UCCACUAUCUUGACCAGUUGCCAGUCAAACCUCGAGAAGAGGGAAGUGCUUGAAGGGAAGGCUCUCGUUUAAAGCUUCUUUGAAUUAGGCUUAUUCAAUAAGCCCCUUAUUUUCCGCUCUAUACAAUUAGGGUUUCCACAACCUCAGGUUUCCUGAGCAAUUUCUCAACAAUUCAAGGUUAGGGAUUUGUGCUCUCUUUGAUUUUCCAUAAUCCGUUCACACAUAUUUCUAUCUUUAUCAAUCAGAUUUCUAGCAAGUUUUCUAGUGUCGAGACAAUCUUUAAUUUUCGAUUCAGACCAAUCCGGAUUCAGAGUCGCUGGAAGCCUUCCCGUAUUGUAUUGAGCUUUAUUGAGUAGUUGCACGAAGGGGCACUGCAAUUAGGAUAUCAUAUGGCUAGUGCUGAUUGCAAGAGUGAGCUGGAAUGGGUUGAGAGAGUGAGAUCAGGGGGAGCUGUACCACUUCUUGAGCCUGAUAACUGUCCGAAUGGUUGGGCUUGCCCACCUGGAGACAAUUUCAUGGUCAGAGGUCCGGAUUACUUUUCAACAAGAGUGAAAAUUCCUGCUGGUGAAUAUCUUCUAAAGCCUAUUGGCUUUGAUUGGAUUAAAAGCUCAGCAAAGAUUGGGGAGGUCUUGAAUCAUCCAAGCAGCCAAGUUAGAAAAGUUAUUGAGGAUGAGUUUCCUGAUGGAGAUAAGCCUUUUGUUUGGGCUUUCAAUCUUCAAGUCCCAAGCAAGGAUAAUUAUAGUGCAGUGGCAUAUUUUGCGACAAAAGACCCUAUUCCAGAGGGGUCUCUGAUGGACUUGUUCUUGAAAGGUGAUGAUGGGUUCAGGAAUUCCAGACUUAAGUUAAUAGCCAACAUUGUCAAGGGUCCUUGGAUUGUGAGAAAAGCAGUUGGGGAGCAGGCUAUAUGCAUAAUUGGGCGUGCUCUUUCCUGUAAAUACUAUUUAGCAGAUAAUUUCAUAGAAGUUGAUGUGGAUAUUGGGUCCUCCAUGGUUGCAAGUGCCAUAGUUCAUUUGGCGUUUGGUUACAUCACAACACUUACUGUCGACCUUGCAUUUCUCAUUGAAAGCCAAACACAAUCAGAGCUCCCAGAAAGAAUAUUAGGUGCUAUAAGAUUCUCCGAGCUGAACCCCACUUCUGCUCUGCCAAUUGAACCAUCAUCUCAUAUAAAUGCUGCCAAUUUGCAGUCUUCUCUGCCGACACGAUUAUGGAAGUCAAUUGGGCAGGGUUUUACACAUAUUCUUAAUCCUAGUGCACAAGAGAGUGAUUCAACUGGCUCAUUACAUGUUAAUGGGAAUGUUGAUCAUGAAGGUGGUAUCAAAGAUGCUAAGAAAUGUGAAAAUUACCCUUCCAGGCCAAAUAUUUCUAGGGGUGAUUGACAGCACCAACAAAACUAUGGCCGUUUCCUUUUUGUUGGUGAAACUUAAGGAUCAAUUGGGUGAAAGUGAUGACUGAGUCUGGAUUUCCUUGGUAGUUUCCAACUUUGUUGACCUGGUCUUAGCAUUCACAGCGACAAUUGCUUGACUUGGCCAUGCCUUCUGCUCCCUCUCGCUCUCUCUCGUUUUUUAAUUUCCAUCUGUAUAUUAAGUUAUAUGACUAAAGGCAGUAAGGCAUAUAUUCUUCAUUAGCAGGAUUUUAGGUUUAUUGGUUUUAGUAAUUGCCUCUAUUUUUUGUAAUUAUAAUUAUUGUUUUCUGUUCAAAGCUGAAAGUACAUAUGAAGUGUUGUAGGUUUUUCUUUUGUGAUGAACCGUAUAAUGUGUCAAAUGUAUUGAUUUAUUAAUCUGGCUUCA